UUCACCGGCAGCCAGGAGAGCAUCCUGCACCUGGAUAUCGAAGAGGUGGCCGCAUUCGGGCUCAUGGACUCACCGCACCAGCCUCGUGGCCGCGUGCAGCAGAUGAGGGAUCACCACCACCACCACCAUCACCACCACCACCAGGCCUCGACAGCGGCGCCCUCGCCGCCGCCGCCGCCGCCGCCCCAAGCUCACCAGGGGAAUGACGACCAAUCGGCAUGUGCCCAGCAGCAGCCUCAGCAGCAGCAGCCACCAGAAGCGAGCGAUGAGCGCUGCGACGGCAGUGCGGGCGCAGGCUCUCCUGACCAGCAGCAGGACAAUCAUGAGGACGAGGGGAGGGGAAAGGGAAGAGGAAAGGACGAAGGGCGAGACCUCUCCAGAGAUCCAUCCAGAGAUCCUUCCAGAGAUCCUGCCAGAGAUCCUGCCAGAGAUCCUGCCAGGGACUCCUCCAGGCCCGUCCGGCCCGCCUCUCCCGGCGCGCUCAGCACCGCAAGCGUGGCCAGCAGUGCGAGCGGCAUCAGCUGCUGCAGCAGCGCCAGCAGUGAGAGCGGCAGCAGUGUGACAGACUCGAUCCUGCCGCAGGCCAAGCGGCCGCACAUCGUGGUGAGCACUUUCUCGGACCACUCACCGGCGCAGUGACAACGCAGUGAAGCUCAAGGCUCAAGCCUGUGCACCGCAGCGACUUGCUGGCCGUACCUAUCCUAGGUAUGCUUGCCGGAGGCACACCAGCUGGGCAGAGAGAAAAUAACGGAAAAUCCGAGUCAGUUUUCCGUCGAAGACAUGUGUUAUUCGAAUGAUGUCUAGAAAUCGGGGUUUUCCCUACGAGGUGUACAGGGUGGGUGCCCGACUCUGCCGAAGUUAUGAUGUCUGCAUUCAGGUGGGCUGAUGGGUUGCCUUUGCGCUAGCCGUGCGAUGACACCCCCUCCCUUUUCCCUCUCACCCGCACCCGUGCAAGCGGGCUGGGUGCUCACCCUUUCGCUAGGGGGACGCACCUACGGACGUAUUAUAUGUAAAAUUAUCAGGGAUCUGGACUUCAAACUUAAUAAUAUCCUUCGUGGGCUCAGGCCAGCUUGACCACGGAUGAACGUCCAUCGGAAGUAGAACUAAAGCUUACGUAGAACUGGACUGGAGCUCACAUUAAUUGGAUUUCGAAAAACCCUGCCGAAAAGAUUACCGUCCAGGUAGCAGAGACGCGCAUAUGGUGCAUCAAAAAUGCCCCCAAAACGCGCUAAAAUUUUCAACAAAUGCAGGCUUUGUUAGUUGGGUGUCAAACCGGCGUCUUUUUGAGAAAAUACAUGAAAUUAAGAAAACGUGACAUCUAAGUAAGGGAGUUAAAAUGUUGCUGCUCUUUUCAAAUGCGUAUAAUGGUAUUAUUUUUUAAUUGUUAUUAAUGUCUAUCUGCAUCACAAAUUACUUCUCCUAAAAUAGCUGUAAUUUAUUCUUUCUGCCUCAUAUGGCGCAAACUGGAAACUGAAAUACUGUACUUUCAAUAACAUUAUUUUUAAAUGGUUUUGCCCAUCUUGCAAAAUUUUAUUUCUGAGCUACAUUAAAAGCUUUAUUUUCCUUCAGUGCCAAUAUAAGUAGAGUGAUAUUAAGCUUUGUAUGCAAAUCUGGCUGUGAAACCUUUACUGUAAGAAUGGGGACAAAUGAUAUAAUCUUUACAAUAAACUGGUGAUUUGAAAAAGACCUAUUUGUUAGCAAGGACAAUAUUUUAUAUAGUAGCUAUAUGAGUCCCCCUUUGUUUUAAGUCACACAUAUGUAAAUGAAUGUAAAUAAUAGGAGCUACAAACUAUGUGGAAGAUUAUUCUGCAUUUUAAAUAAGAACUUAAUUAUUCUAGUAAGACUGCGUGUUUUUGAGUGUUUUUCUAAAUGAGAUACAAUAGUAUGAUGUACACCAAACUGACUGAAGUGUUGAGUUCAUUGUGUAUAUAUAGUAAUUUGUAGUUAAUAUACAGAACAGUAUGAACAGGCACUGAACAAAUUCUCAACCAAUUGUACAACUAUGGGGUCAAUAUAUAAGAUUGCAUCAAAUUCUCUUACCAGACCAGAUAUGUAACAAAUAUGUAUUAGAACCUAUCAAAAAGCUUUACAAGGCUUAUCAUAAACAAUAACAAAUGGCAUGUACAUGUCUGUCUCCAUGAAAAUGGAGCACUUGAUGGAUACAUAUUUGUUUGGUCUUUAAAAAGAGCAGCUUUGCUGUAUUUCACAGUAUUAUGUAAGGAAGAUAAGCUUCAGGAUUUUAAAAAAUGAUGAAAAAAUCUGAAAGUUUAAAAAAUCUGGGAAUUUGUCAAAGAUUAAUUAUGGUUUGUUUUCUUGAAGAGAGUAUUUUUCAUAUUGUAUUUUUAUUCAUCCAGACAGUUUUCAUCUGAAGAGAGACAAAUGCCUUAAUUGGUAUUUCAAAUUUAUUUCCAUAUGUAUUUCCCUGCUGUUUCCCUUCUUUAUUACAAUUUACUGUUCAAUGUACUUGUAAUACAUAUCUGUAUCUGUGAAUGGCAAACACAGCUGUAAAAUUUCUAAAGAAAAUACUAAUACUAAGUCGGGCAUCAAAAUUUCACACAUUUUUACAUAAGAAAAAAGAAGAAAAUUAACUGAAAAUGGCAUUAGGACUAAUCCUCUUCAAAUUUUUUUGAAUGGGGACAUCCAGAAAUCAGUUACAAAAUAAAAGUCAAAUAGAUAGGUUGCCAAAGAUGGGAAAGUGAAAUCAUACAAUCCUAACGGUAAAACCUCUUGGACAAAUUAAUUUGAAAUACCGAAAAUGAAUGUUCAGAGGCUAGUCCAGGCCACUCAUGCACAGCAGCGUAGUGGCUGUGAUAAAAGAAAUACAAAAGGUUUUAAAUCAAAGUUCAUUAAUGAAGUACUUUGCAAGAUCAAUGUAAAACAUGUACCUUUUAAAAUCUUCUCUAGUCAUUUUUAGCUAUGUACAGUUUGUACCAACUAAUUUACUUUAUUUACUCUCAAACAAACAGUGAAUUGGGAUUUACUUCCACUUAGUGUUUGUGAACAUUUGAAAAUAAAGCUUCCCUUUCAUUUUCAA